AGAGGGGGUGGGACCGGCGGAAUCAGAGAUCAGUUCCGGGUUGAACACCCUCCUCUUCCUGUGUUGUGGUGCCUCAGCCUCCAGUCCGGGGGCGGAGCGCGGGGUGGCCAUGACGGAUGUGGAGCAGUGUGCGGCGGCCAUGUUGGACGGCGGCCGGGAGUGGUCGGCGGAGGAGACGGACCUGGUGAGCCGACACAGAGUGGAGGAGGAGGGACGGGUGGAGCAGCAGCAGCUGCUGCAGGCGGAGCACAAGAGGACUGUUCGACAACACCAGCUCCUUCUUCAGAAGCUGGACUCUCUGAGGGUCAAGCUGCAGCUCAACGACUCCAAGGUGUCCAGGAAGAGCUUCCUGCUCAGGAAACAGGAAAUGACAUCACAGAAGAACCGUGCACAGGAAGAGAACAACAGGCUGCAGACGGAGCUGGAGGAGGUGGAGCAGCGUCUGAGCCCGCUGCAGGCGGAGCAGGAGGUGGAGCAGCGGCUGUGGGAGGCGGAGCUGUCCCAGCUGACGGAGGAGAUGGAGCGGGUGCAGGCGGCGUCCCGGGAGGUGGAGCAGCGCGCGCUGGAGGACGGGGUGGUGUUGGUGGAGAGGCAGAGAGAGGCCACCAUGGCCUCCAUGGAGUUCUGGCUCAGGGAGCUCAGAGCCUGCCCUCCCUCUGGUCCUCUCCAGGUGGGCCAGUACCUGCAGGCCCUUCAGUUGGACCCCAGUCCGUCCCGCCUACAGGAGCGGCUGCACUGGGAGCGGCAGGAGGCGUCUGUCCGGAGGAGGCGGGACCAGCUGCCGGUCCACUUCCAGGGGCUGCUCCAGCAGCUGGGAGAGGGGGGGCCCCUGGAGGCCCCCCCUGGGGCGGAGGCCCUGCCCAAGGUCCCCACGGCGGAGCUGAUCAUCAGUCAGAUCCUGAUGUCUCUGGAGCAGGCCGCCUUCCUCCCACCUCCUGCUCACCCCUUGGCCCCGCCCAGAAGCCCGCCCCCUCCUCGCAUCACCCCGCCCACCGGCCACCAAACCCCGCCCCCUCCUCGCAUCACCCAGCCCACCGGACACCAAACCCCGCCCCCUUCUCGCAUCAUCCCGCACAGCGGACACCAAACCCCGCCCCCUCCUCGCAUCACCCCGCCCACCGGCCACCAAACCCCGCCCCCUUCUCGCAUCACACCGCCCACCGGUCACCAAACCCCGCCCCCUUCUCGCAUCACCCCGGUCACCGGCCACCAAACCCCGCCCCCUUCUCGCAUUACUCCGCCCACCGGCCACCAAACCCCGCCCCCGCACUCCGGUCCGGUCGGUAAACUGGAUCUACUGCUGGACCACCUGGCCGCCAAGUUCAAACAAUGCAGCAGGGCCCGUCUGACGGUCGCUCUGCAGCACAUCAAGAGCGAGCGGGGGACCAUGGCCGGCCUGUCGCGGGACGAGCUGACGGAGCAGGUGGGCCUGAAGCUGGCCCCUGCCCCCAGGCCCGCCCCCAGGCCCGCCGCCCGCAGCUUCUGCCUGAUGUGCCAGAACCCCGUGGAGCCGGCGGCGCGCCAGCCGCUGGCCUGCGCCCACUGCGUCCACCGCCAGUGCAUCAGCGUCUGGCUGAGCUCCAGCGGCAACAACAGCUGCCCCUUCUGCCCCGCCCACUGAGGGCUACCCCGCCCACUGAGGGCUGCCCCUGCUGCCCCGCCCACUGAGUUCUGCCCCGCCCACUGAGGGCUGCCCCUGCUGCCCCGCCCACUGAGGGCUGCCCCUGCUGCCCCGCCCACUGAGUUCUGCCCCGCCCACUGAGGGCUGCCCCUGCUGCCCCGCUCACUGAGGGUUGCCCCGCCCACUGAGGGCUGCCCCUGCUGCCCCGCCCACUGAGGGCUGCCCCCGCUGCCCCGCUCACUGAGGGUUGCCCCGCCCACUGAGGGCUGCCCCUUCUGCCCCGCCCACUGAGGGCUGCCCCUGCUGCCCCGCCCACUGAGUUCUGCCCCGCUCACUGAGGGCUGCCCCUUCUGCCCCGCCCACUGAGGGCUGCCCCUGCUGCCCCGCCCACUGAGUUCUGCCCCGCCCACUGAGGGCUGCCCCUGCUGCCCCGCCCACUGAGGGUUGCCCCGCCCACUGAGGGCUGCCCCGCCCCGUCUGGUUAGUUAGGGUUGGGGGGGGGUAGGGUUGGUUAGGGGGGGUAGGGGUAGGGCUAAGGUUGGGUUCCAAAGCAGUUGCCUAUCUUUCCUUAGUGAAUAAAGAAUGUGGCUGGUUGGACGUUUACCGCAGAGCGUUCAACGACACAAUCUGUCCUCUUGAACGCUCGGAGCUCCGGGAUGCUGAGGACUCCCGAUGACUCAAUGAUGUGGGAUCAAGCAAGUUAAUGUCAAUAAAGUAUUGAAUAAAAAGUGAUAAAUAACCGUU